AUGGCCAUGGACAACAGCGAAGAUCCACAAUGGAUGAACGCUCUCAGAAUCGACUCACUUCACGAUAAUUACCAAACUCAAAUCAAUACACUUCAUGGUACUUACCACGCUCAAAUCGAUGAGCUUCAAGAAAGGCUUGCGGCCGUAGAAAACAACAGCAAAGUGUAUCGAAACCAAGCCGCCACGCUUCGAGAGGAGCUCAAACCUCUGAAAGAGAAGGUAGACUUGAUCUACAUUGCGGAACUUUCAACUUUCCUUCCUCGCGAGAAAGUGCCCGAUCGCUUCAGCAGGAAUGAAGCAAUACAUGGAGCUCGAGUCAGAUUCGACCUCGCGUUUUUACAACGCCCUUCAGAGGCAGGUCUAAAGUUCUUAGACCGCAAUGGCCUCACAAAGUCAGACAUGGUGAAAGCUUUCAGGGCUCGGUACAAGUACUCCCCAAGGAGUCUUGGAGAUCCUUCUAGCAUUCCCGAGCACAUUGCCAGCGCUAUCAAUAUGAAAACAGACCUUGAAAAUCUCAAGUCCUGGAAAGAACGUUUCGGACCCGAUGACACAUUUUACAGCGACAUGAUAUCAGACUGCAAGCCUCUCAUCAAACACUGGGCUCAUCCUACAGAAAACCAUCCGUACUCACUUGAGGAGACCGAAAAGGGUUUUGAGGACCUUAAAUGUCGGUAUUGGUCAUAG